UAGGGGAAAGAUGGCGGCGUCCUCUUCAGCAGGACGCGUUUUGACUCUUUGCAAGCAGUUUCAAAAUGUCUUUAGGAUAUCUUCUGCGAUAAAUACUAAGCAUUGUACUGCCACUUUGACCCGAUGCCAGCCUCAUCUGUACAGGGAAACGUCCCCUCUCGCUGCCCUGUCUUGGUGCAGUCCUGUCAGCGCUGUGAGUCAGUGUCGAGCCCUGCACACCACCGUCAGCAGGAGAGGGCUGAACGAGUUCUUCGACCUGCCUGAGAACUGGGGAGAGAACAACGUGAAGUCAGGUGCACCAUGGACUGCCAAACAACUGAGGACGAAGAGCAAUGAGGAUUUGCACAAACUCUGGUAUGUGCUGUUGAAAGAAAAGAACAUGCUGCUCUCACUUGAACAGGAGUCGAGAAGGCAAAGGCUUCAGAUGCCAAGUCCAGAAAGAAUAAGGAAGGUGAACCGGUCCAUGUUCCGCCUGGAGACGGUGGUGAAGGAGAGAGAGACUGCGCUGCGGCUGCUGCAGACCGGACAGGAGAAAGGCAGACCAGGAGCCUGGAGGAGGAACAUAUUUGGAUACUCCUACUGGUAUCGCUACAAAGAAUAUGCUAUUCCUUGGUACAUGAACAAGAGGUAUAAGCAAAAGAGGUUCUUCACACCCAAGUUUGUCCAACCACACAUAAGGCUGCGCUUGGAGAAGCAUCUCCGAGGGAAGGCCAGGGAGACCUCCUUACAGAGGGGAAAUCGGUCGAAACUUAAGGAGAAGUUCCCUCAAAUGAAAGUUUCUGCAUCGUAAAAAAAUUCAAAUGCACUUUUUACAAUCAAGGAGUUUUGACAGCCGCAUCUAUCUGCAAAGUUAGAAUUCAAUUUAUAUCUGCUCGUGUCAAAUAACUGAGUUAUCUGAAACCGUGUCCUAUGUUGAGUAUGAGUGCAUUUGUCCAGCUGUUUGAUCCUGGAAGAUAAAUUAUUCUACAUCCCCCUGAAAUCUUUUUUUUUUAACUUACUAUUAAAAUAUAUGCAUUGAG